AUGAUCCAGAUUUUAGAUUAUUUUUGGUCAGUUAUCCCCCACGCUACCUUCCCCUCAAAUCCACGGCGUCACGUUACUGCCGGGAGAGAAAACGCCGGCGGCAUGGACGCCGAUCGCCGUGGGGGCUUAAGGACGCCGAUAUUAGCGGACGAUGAGGCCCAGGCGUCUGGUUCGGAAGCUCGGGAGCAUGAGGUGCACAUGGCGGCCGGUCACUGCUCUGAUAAGGCGCUCAAAGUCAUCUUGUGCCUGCAGUUCCUGGAGGUCAGUGCUUUCUACGGGGUCUACCUGAACUUGAUAGUGUAUCUUCAGGAUGUUCUCCAUGGAGACAGUGCAUCCAAUGUGACGGCCGUGAAUUCUUGGGCUGGGGUCAGCUACCUCAUGCCCCUGCUCGGCGCCGCCGUCGCCGACUCCUACUGGGGAAAACACAAGACCGUUUUGAUCGGCCUCUGCAUUUCUCUCGUCGGGAUGGCCAUGGUCACCACGUCAGCUACGCUGCCGUCUCUGAGGCCGCCCCCUUGCUCGCCGGGCGCGUACUGCGCACCGGCGACGCUCAGCCAAGAGCUAGUCUUCUUUUCGGGCAUAUACCUGUGCGGCGUCGGGAUCGGCGCGUCCAAGGCAGUCUUCAUCUCGUUUGCCGCGGAGCAGUUCGACGACGACGAUGACAAGAACACGUCGGGAGGGGAGGCGAAGGCGUCCUACUUCAGCUGGUACUACGCGGUGGCCAACGUGGCCAUGCUGACCGCGGGGACACUGCUGGUUUGGGUCGAGGACAAGGUGAGCUGGGGGCUCGGGUACGGCAUCUGCGCGUCGUUCGUCGCGGUCGCCGUCGUCGGCCUCGCCGCGACGGCGCCCAUGUACCGGAUCGUGCCUCCGGCGGGCAGCCCGAUGAAAGGCGUGCUCCAAGUGCUGGUGGCGUUCUCUCGCAAGGUAAACCUGACGGUGCCUGAGGACGCCACAGAACUGUACGAGGAGGAUGGUGUCAAGAACCCGUUGCUGCAUCCGCUGCACGAACGAUUGCAGCACACGGAACAGUUCAGGUGCUUGGACAAGGCUGCCAUUGUCACGGCCGAGGACUUGGAAGACGGCGGCCUGAACCGGCCAUGGAGGCUGUGCACGGUGACCCAGGUGGAGGAGCUCAAGACUCUGCUGCGGCUGAUCCCGAUAUGGCUCACCUCGGCCGUCUACUUCGUCGCCAACACGCAGGCGCAGACCACGUUCGUGCAGCAGGGCACCAAGACGGACUCCCACAUCGCGGGCGGCGCCGCGUCCGUCCCGGCCGCGUCGCUGACGUCCAUUGAGACGGUGCUCGUCGCCGCCUACGUCACGCUCUACAACAGGGCCGUCGUGCCAUCCGUGGCGUUCACGCCGCUCCAGCUCAUGGGGCUCGGGCACGCCACGGCGGCCGGGGCGGUGGCCGUGGCCGCGUGCACCGAGGCGCGCAGGCUGCGGAUGGCCGGGGGCCAGGAGGCGGCCCAAAUGGGCAUAGCGUGGCUGCUGCCGCAGUACGCCGUGAUGGCGGUCUCGGACGCGUCGCUCUCCGUGGGGCAGAUGCAGUUCUUCUACGACCAGUCGCCGGAGACGAUGAGGGGCGCGUCGACGGCGUUCUACUUCCUGUCCAUCUCCCUCGGGAAUCUGAUCAAUUCGCAGCUGGUGACGCUGGUGGCGUCCGUCACGUCGGCAGGGGGGAGGACGGGGUGGUUUCCACCGGAAUUGGAUGAUGGGCACCUAGAUUACUACUUCGUGCUCGUUGUCGCCAUCACUUUGCUGAACUUUGCCGUUUUUGUUGCCCUUGCCAAGAACUACACGUCCAAGAGAGUUAGAUAG